AUGGAUACCGCCAGCUCAAGAGAACAUAGUACUACGUCUUUGAUGAAAUAUAUUCUACACAUUGUUCGUUCUGAAGUGUUGGGUAGCACAAAGCCUGAAACGCGGCAGGAUAUUGCCAAUGAUUUUAUCACGAUACACUACGGUGUUGAUGAGAAUGAUGUAUUAUCGGUGAUGAGUCAAAUGGUGAGAGCUGCUGGUUUACUUAAAGACCAAGUUCGUGAAUUUUCCGGAGAACUCCAAGCAGCACGAGAGAAUAUGGGCAUCGAAUCUGCUUCAAAUGUGGCCCCCAGAAACUCUUUUCAUGAUAUUGAAAGCAGCUCUGAGGACCACUCUAGGCUAGACCCAUGGCCAGAUGCACCAGCCCUACCGGACACUCCACGAAGCCUUCCAACAGGUAAAGCAGGUUACUUCCCCAAAAUCAUUGAGAUUACCCGAGCACUUACGCGAUUAAAUUCCAAAAUGGCACGAACUGGUGAGAAGCCCGUAGGAACCACAUAUGUUGAACAAAGGAAGCAAAGGCUUCAUCUUACCAGGGAAAAGGAUCCUCAAAUUUUUAGAUGGACCCAUCGGCACAAAAUUAAUCAAGCGCAAGUGCCUCAGAAUAUGUCCACUGCGCGUAUCCAGACUACGAAAUUUGUCGUGUCUGAGGAAAAUCCAACUAUAACGCCUGCUACAUCUCCUAGCCAUUCAUUAAACGCUUCUAAUGGCUAUCAACUAAAACAAGCUGUGAUCGGCACUUCCGACAGGCGUUCGUAUGUGGAAGCCGAAUACUCUGAUUCUAGAGGCAAACGCACCCGCCUAGCAAGAUCAGCAGCAGAUAAUCAGGCUGCAGCGGUGACACGCCAGAGAAAAGUGUCAAAGGACACAGCAAGGUACGCCGCGGAAGCACAAUUCAAGGAGUUAGAAACCGAACGGAAUGCCCAAAAGGAAACCAUAGACAAAAUGUCCGAGGAACUUCACAAGCAGCGAAAGAUUGCUGCGACUCAGCAGGAGAUACUUGAGCAUUUAAUAAAGGAAAACAAGCGACACUUUGAACUAACGAGCCAUGAGUCUUUGAACUCCACAAGCAAAACAUUGUCAGCGUCACAUGAUGACUGCGAGAAUGAGAUUGUACGUCUUAACGUGAGCAGCGAACGUCUUAAGAAUAGUAGCGAUGCUGCUAAAGCUGUGGCUGACCAGCAGGCUAUUGACCUUGAGGCUGUUAGACAACGUCUUCAUGUCUUAGAAGAUCAUGAUUUGGGGGCGGAGGAUGAUGUACAAAGACGAGCUACUCGGCUCAGGGACCAGAUAAAUGGUGGAGAAUAG